AAGAGUGUUGCGGUUUAGCUGCGCUACAGUUUUUGAGGCCGAAGACUUUUAUUUUGUCGUGUCACGUGACUUCCGCCGACGGUUCAGUGGCAAGAUGGCGGCGGGCGGCAGCGGCGGCGAUGAAGCGUUUCAGACCUUCUACACAGAGGUGAAGCAGAUCGAGAAGAGAGACUCUGUGCUGACCUCCAAACAGCAGAUCGACAGAUUACUGCGACCAGGAGCCUCGUACUUCAACCUCAACCCCUUCGAGGUUCUUCAGAUCGAUCCUGACGCCACAGACGAGGAGCUGAAGAAGCGUUUCAGACAGCUGUCCAUCCUCGUCCAUCCAGACAAGAACCAGGAUGACGUGGAUCGAGCCCAGCUGGCGUUUGAAGCGGUCGAUAAGGCCUAUAAGAUGCUGCUGGAGCCGGACCAUAAGAAGAAGGCGCUGGACGUGAUCCACGCGGGGAAGGAGUACGUGGAGCACACGAUGAGCCAGAAGAGGAAGCAGCUGAAGAAGGACGGGAAGCCCACCGUCGUGGAGGAAGACGACCCGGAAGUGUUCCGGCAGGCGGUUUAUAAACAGACCAUGAAGCUCUUCGCCGAGCUGGAGAUCAAGAGGAAAGAGCGGGAAACCAAGGAGAUGCAUGAACGGAAGAGACAGCGAGAGGAAGAGAUCGAGACGCAGGAGCGCGCCAAGAGAGAGCGAGAGUGGCAGAAGAACUUCGAGGAGACGCGUGACGGACGCGUGGACAGCUGGAGGAGCUUCCAGUCCAAAGGCAAGACUAAGAAGAAAGAGAAGAACCGCACGUUCCUCAAGCCGCCCAAAGUCAAGAUGGAGCAGCGCGAGUGAGGCGCUCCUGUCCUCAGACGGGCUUCCUUCUGCAAAUAAACGUUCGUUUGUGGAUAUUAUGUUGUAGUUUUUAUAUUGUACACAAUUAAACCUGGGUUUUGUCUGACUGUAUGAGUUUCAUGUUAUUCAGCUGUUUGUUUGUGAGAAGAGUUUUCAUAUUAAAUCUGGACUUGAUGCUUCA